AUGAGAGGGCUAUGGGCUGCCUUGCCAGCCCUGCUAAUUCAAUCCGCACAUGGACAACAACCUGCUGGUACUCAGAUGUUUGUGAACUACCCAGGGCUCAGUGAUGGAUGCAAAGAGGCCCUAGCAACCAAUGUGACUUGUCCGCCAUUUCUCCCUGCUGUCUCUCAGGAUAAUGCCAUUUUGGAUGAUGCUGCAGUCGGUGAGCUUUGCGUCGACAGUUGCUAUAGUUCCCUAAACAGAGCUAGAGCUACUAUCCAAGCCGCUUGCACUGCAAGUACCGAUGUGAUUGUCUACGAGGACGUAGCAUAUCCGGGUAACUACCUUCAUCCCAGACUCGGCUCUUUGUUAAUGGAAUUUCUAGCGACGUUCAUCGCCGAUAACUACCUGUUAACCUUUGAAGUGUCUUGUAAAAAGGACAAAGAAGGGAAUUACUGUGAUCCUCUGUUCCUCUCCUGGCAAAACCAUUCCGUUAUACCAAGUGUGACCGCCGCCUGCUCGGACUGCUCGUUAGGAGUACUUGAAGUUCAACUAAACCACCCUUUGGGAUAUGACGAGGGCAUGGAAGAGAGGUUCAAUUCUUUGACAUCCAGCUGUGGUGUCACGGGUUAUAGUGUCACUUCUCCAGCCCCAUACGCUCUCAACGCAACGGCGACGGCAACUUCAGUCAUUACCACUGCUACCUCUAAGCCAGCCUGUGAUGUGUCUUACGUAGUGAAGCCCUCGGAUGACUGUAACUCCGUGGCAAAGUCUUUAAGUGUUUCUACAUAUAGCUUGCUGCACGCUAACUACUUGGACCUCUAUUGUCAGACUUUUUCCCGGCGGGUGGGUAAAACCCUUUGUGUACCACCCAAGUGCACUACACACACCUGGCAGGCCAGUGAUACAUGCGACAGUGUGGUCGGUGGCCUCGGCAAUGUAACUCUGCCGCAAUUCCUCGCGUGGAAUCCCAAUUUCAACUCUCUCUGUCUCAACAGUCCAUUCUUCAUUGGAUAUGAGGUCUGUAUAAGUCCUCCAGGCGGCUACCUCAACCACACAUCAAACGACAAUUCUAGUCCUACAGUAACUGCUGGUAGCAGCGGUGUCGCAGCGUUCCCGACCAAUGCCGUAGAUGGCAGCUCCCACAACUGUAGUCUGUGGUAUACAGUUGUGGAAGGAGAUGAGUGUGGCCUGGUCACCCUCGCCCAAUCCAUUUCUCUGACCGACUUCUACUUUCUUAAUCCGGAGAUAGACGAGAAUUGCAGUAAUCUGCAGCUCAGCAGGGCGUAUUGCGUGAGGCCGGUUGGUUCUAUCACCAGCUACCCCAACUAUACCAUCACGGGGGUUUUGCCAAUCACCGUCCCGCCGGCCACCUUCUCUUCCGUGAAUACUGCCAUACCAACAAGCACCAACGAUCCUGGCUAUGAGUACAUCGAGCCUCCACUCCUCCCAACUGCCCCAGGCACCAUUCGAGACUGCUAUCUAUACCAGAAUUCCCCUUCCUUUACCACCCUCUGCAGGGAUCUUGCGCGGGAUAACGACGUAUCGGGUGAAGACUUGGCAGAGUGGAACCCGAGCCUUGAGAAAGACAUGGCCAACUGCACUCUCACGUCAACUUACAGUUACUGUGUAAAGAAGUACGAGAAUAGCACUUCGACUGAGGACAUCUCCUCUUACUGCCUGCCUAUUGAUGCCACGGAGGCUGGUACAGUUUCCAACUGUAAUUGUUUCACUUCCAUAGACGGUUAUGAUGCAGGAGACUACACAUGCGCGGACAUGGCUGUCACUUACGGGGUGAAAUUAGUCGAGCUUUUGGCCUGGAAUUCUUGGCUAUCAGGCGACUGCGACAGCGCUCUCUUUGCAAAUCUCAACAGCACUUCCAGACGCGCCGUUUGUAUUGGUGUCGGCUCCAAGAGUGCUACUGCCACCACCACGACUAGCACUAGAUCUGGAACAGCCACCAGCGCCACAGAAUCCAUGGUACCCACUCAAACUGGAGUUGUGUCUGGCUGUCAGCUCUUCCAUACCGUGGUGGACGGUGACGACUGCCCAUUGAUGGAGAGUAAGUAUGGUAUUACCCUAGCUCAGUUAUACCAAUGGAAUCCGAGCAUUAGCAGCACCUGUAACAACCUCUGGUUGGGAUACGCGUACUGUGUCAAAGGGCCGGGCUCAUCCACCACGCCUACGGCCACAUCCUCAAAUGAGAGCUCGAGUGGUCCCACGCAGACGGGAACUGCAUCCAAGUGCAAUCAAUACCAUACUGUUGUGAGCGGUGAUUCAUGCGAUCAUAUCGAGACUACGUACGGCAUCAGCUUUGCGCAAUUGUAUGAGUGGAACCCUGAGAUUGGUUCGAACUGUCAGACAUUGAGAGUUGGAUACUCUGUUUGCGUAGCAGUCUCCUCCGCAAGUGCACCCACACAACCUGGGAUUGCAUCUGAUUGCAAUCGCUACUAUACUGUUGUGAGUGGAGAUUCAUGCGACGGUGUCGAAACAAACCUACACCUCUUCGAUUGCUUCCCCACCAAUAUCGGUCGCGCGUUGCAUCCAGUCAAACGCCAGUAUUUUCACCAGGUGCGAGCGAUGAUGAAUAUCCCCGACAAUUUUCGACCGGGUACCCUUUCAGAACGGGACCCUACGAGGGAAGCAUCCUCCAGUAAUGCCGACAAACUGGAACGACUCCUCCAAAUGGAUGGAUUCAAAACCUGGGGCUUCGUGAUUUAUCGCUGCACGUAUCAAAGUGACUCCGACUGGGAGAAGUUUAUGACGCGCUUUCUCUCCCCCGUUACUGAAUCUCUCGAGUACUACAAAGGUCUAGAUCUAUUGGACAGUUUCGCCCCGACAGUCUUCGAAGAUCGUUCCUUUGAUGGCGCGACUACCUCUCUUGUACGCGAGCAUUUCCAGGAGUGGGCUGCGACGGCACCGCAAGUGGAGCAACCUGUGGGCUAUUCCUGCCUCCCGGAGUCUGGUCGGUACAAAUUCUUUAUUAUGGUAGACCAGGAGUCUUUAGAGUCGGUUCUGAAUGCACCUGAUCCGGACGAUUGGAAUGACGAUGGAUUUGUGCGUCUGGUCGAUGGAUUUUGGGAGCCGGAGGAACUGGACAAGGAUGAACUAGCAGAGCUUGGAGUGUCUAGCCAGUUAGAACUUGAGCAGGAGGAACCUCUGGAAGGUUGUACAUUGGAGGAUGUCGGCUGGAUGAAAGUAGUUUAUUAUGCCGCAGAAACAUACGCCAAAACCCAGAGCUAG